UAGCAGAUGAGUAGUUGAUGGCUGACAGUCCCACAGGAGAGCAGAAACUUGUGUGGCUGGGAGACAAUAUUGUAGAUAGAAGCUAGAAUCAGAGGAGAUGAAAGGAGAACAGUUGGGAACAGACAUGGCCGGAGGAGGAGGGGGAGAUCAUAUAAGUCACCUAAUCAAUCUGAUGGAUAGAGCAGUAGCUGAAGCCAAAGAAAGGAGAGAGAGAGUGCUGGAGUCCAUGAGGAGGACAGAGGAGAGAAGAGGCUCAGCACAGGGCCUGGGUGGUGGGGGUCCACCCUCCUGCACACCCUCCAUCUCCCACUCACAAGUCCCUUCGGUGACCAGCCUUCCUUCAUUGAUGGACUCAGAAUGGCAGACUUUCAAUGCAUCUGAUAUGUUGGCUUGGGUCAGACACACUCAAGACCCUCGGAUCACACCAGGUUUCCAGUCCUCACUAGCAAAGAAGAUAGAGCCUUUAGGUGGCGUCCACUGUGUGCCGAUGAAGAGACUGCCAGUCAGAGAGUUGCAGCAGGAGAGCAAAUCUUUGCAAAGGCCCAAUGCCAAAUCCUCCAGUCUCCAGUCUGGCAAGACAGACACCUUCAACCACCAGAAGCAGCUAAGGCAGCAGCGGUUGGAUGCUUACUAUCAGAAACAGUUGGAGCUGGAAGACACCUUGAGGUGCUACAACAUGGUCCCCACCUAUAUGACCCCCAAAGAGGAGGAGGAACUGAGGCGGAGAUCACCACCUCCCCCAAGGAGGCCCAGGAGAGAGGAAGCUGAGCGCUGGGAGUGCCGGAUCCCCGACAGAGAGCUGGGCCAGAUCCAGAAACACAUCCACCGAGUGGAGAGGGCCCGAGGCCUCCGAGAUGACAAGUACCGAAGGGUGACACAGGAUAUUCCUAGAGAGGUGGGGGGCCCCAGAAAGACAGCUGUGAGGGAAAAGAAGGACACAAGCACUUGUGAAAGAGUAACAUCCAGAGAGAGAAGCUGCAAACAGCAGGAGGCCUGGGUGUCCCAGCAGAUCAAAGGGCACCAGGACAGGAUGCUGAGAGGCCGCAGGCUCAGUGGGCAGAGCAGAGCAGAGGAGGAGGCACGCAAGGUCCCCAGUCAGGUCCUUCCUCUCUGCUCACUCAUGAGGAGGAGGAGGAGGAAGAGGACUGUCGUGGAGGUGGGGGCCAAAGAGUCCAAGUGGGUCACCACCUUUCCCUUCAUCCAGCCUCCCUAGUCCCCUGGCAUCGGGGUGAGAGUCCUGAGAGAGGGAAAGAGAAGUCCAAGGCGGAGGAGUCCACCUCCUUGCACCCAGGGAUGGUGUACCUGAGCAUGGCCCCUGCCCGUAACUCAAGAGAGAGCUAGACUGUGGAUUUCUGGCUGUAGUUGGACAAUUGUUAAGUUUUUCAAAUAAAGUUUAAGUUCCUGCA